CCAGUAUUUUGUUAGUGCGGCACCGGUAUUUAGCAAUAAGAACUAUUAAUUUUUUAAGCAAAACAAAUCCGUUUAAUUUUGCUUGUCUGAAGCUAUCGAGUACAACAACUUCGAUAACAACGGUCAGCAAAAAAAAAAUGUGACCAGCCUAUAGACCUGCCCAAACACCAAAGUGUGGACAUAAAUUGGAAUGUUACAGUGAUCACUCAAUGUAGUUAACCCGUUAAUUUCUACCUGUAAUGUAACUGUAACUAAUGAACAAGGUUGUAUUAAUGCAGUUAAAUAAUAACUUAUUAUUGCGUAAUUUCCCUUUAUUUGUUAAGUAACUUAUGCCCGCAAUUAUGCCAUACAAAAGGUGUCGAAUGGUUUUCGCUUAAUCGUAGCUUUGCUGUACUUCAUAAGAUUAGUUCAAUUUGGUAGCCAUGCGCACCAGUUACAAGAAAAACAGACCUUUCGACUUCAAGCUAAUUGAUCUGGUGGAACCCAAUCCUGUGCUCUAUAAGAGAUCUGGACUCUCGAACUACGAUGCCAUGAAGGCGAAAACCGAUAUCUGGGCUCGGAUAGCCGAGAUGAUGGGCUGUGAUGUGGACUUCUGCCUGAUGCGCUGGAACAAUCUGCACUAUCAGUUUCGCAAGGAGUUCCGCCGCGCGGACACCAGUGGAUCCACCUGGCCGUACUUGGAACGCCUGCGAUUUCUGGCCGAGAUCCAGCCGCCCUCCAAAGUGAAACCCAAACCCAAAACAAACAAGCAGGAGGCGACCAUCCAGACGGAAACUCCUGUGCAGUUUCUGUGGGAGACCUUUGAGGAUGGGGAUGUUCCACAGCAGUCGAGUACGUUUAUAAUCGAGGAGGUCAUCGAGGAGCCCAGCGAACAGAUCAUCCACGAGGAAAUCAUCUACGAGGAGCAAGAGCCCGCUGAAAUACUCUCGCCCAGAAGCAGCUUCCUCCAGAUGGACCAAGUACUGGCCCAACUAAAGGAACCGCAGCGGAGAAGAGCAGAGCGAAGGAUAACAGCAUUUCUGCUCAAGUGCCAGCUGCGUGCAUUGAGUAAUCAGUCUGUGGAGGACCUUAGCAUCUAGCUUCCAGUUCACAUACUCUCAAACUUUAUUUUUAAAAAACAGAAUAUAACUAAGAUUAAACCUUGCA